CGCCGCCGCUCGGACAGCAGCGCGUGAGGGCCCGCGGGGGGGGGGACCUCCAGCAUGUCCGGCCCGCGGUGAAGGCGGGAGCGGGAGCGGCAGCUCAGCGGACAGCAACCGGACCGUCUCCUCCCGAGAGGGGAGCGGAGGAGAGGAGGGAAAGAAAGGAACGGAUCGGCCGUUACAGGCGGGUCAGCCCCGGGCCUACACCCCGUUACUACCCCCCCGGGCUCCUCCCCUCCCGGUCUCUCGCUCUCGGAACCGGGCCCCGGAAAACCGGGGGAGGGGGAGGGGGGCAUCGGCAAUCAUGAGGAAAGACGUGCGGAUUCUGCUGGUGGGAGAGCCUAAAGUUGGGAAGACAUCAUUGAUUAUGUCGCUGGUCAGUGAAGAGUUCCCUGAUGAGGUUCCCAUGCGUGCAGAAGAAAUCACUAUUCCUGCUGACGUCACUCCGGAAAAGGUCCCUACACACAUAGUCGACUAUUCAGAAGCAGAGCAGACAGAGGAACAACUGCACAAUGAAAUUUCCAAGGCUAAUGUCAUCUGCAUAGUGUAUGCAGUCAACAAUAGAAACUCCAUUGACAAGGUAACAAGUCGAUGGAUUCCUCUCAUAAAUGAGAGGACUGAUAAGGACAGCAGAAUGCCUCUUAUACUGGUGGGAAACAAAUCUGAUUUGGUAGAACAUAGUAGCAUGGAGGCCAUCCUUCCAAUAAUGAACCAGUACACCGAGAUAGAGACUUGUGUUGAGUGUUCAGCAAAAAAUCUGAAGAACAUUUCAGAGCUGUUUUACUACGCACAGAAAGCUGUCCUGCAUCCAACAGGCCCACUGUACUGCCCAGAAGAGAAAGAGAUGAAACCCGCCUGCAUCAAAGCCCUAACUCGCAUUUUUAAAAUAUCAGACCAAGACAAUGAUGGGAUUCUCAACGAUGCAGAACUCAACUUUUUUCAGAGAACCUGUUUUAACACCCCAUUGGCACCUCAAGCUCUGGAGGAUGUGAAGAAUGUCGUGCGAAAGAAUCUGAAUGAUGGUGUAGCCGAUAAUGGGUUGACUUUGAAAGGUUUUCUGUUCUUGCACACACUGUUUAUACAAAGAGGUAGGCAUGAGACUACGUGGACAGUGCUGCGCCGCUUUGGAUAUGAUGACGACCUGGAGCUCACACAUGAAUACAUGUUCCCACUAUUAAAAGUUGCGCCAGACUGCACCACUGAGCUGAAUCACCAUGCUUACCUGUUCCUGCAGAGCAUCUUUGACAAACAUGAUUUGGAUAGGGAUUGUGCUUUGUCAUCUGACGAACUUAGAGACCUCUUCAAAGUGUUUCCUUACAUGCCAUGGGGUCCUGAUGUCAAUAACACUGUCUGCACCAAUGACAAGGGAAUGAUCACUUAUCAAGGAUACAUCUGUCAAUGGACGCUGACCACAUACCUUGAUGUUGAAAGGUGUUUAGAAUAUUUAGCUUACCUCGGAUACUCCAUCCUGACUGAACAGGAGUCCCAGGCGGCAGCUAUCACAAUAACCAGAGAUAAAAAAAUAGAUCUACAGAAAAGACAGACGCAAAGAAAUGUAUUUCAGUGUAAUAUUAUUGGGAUGAAGAACUGUGGGAAGACAGGAAUUCUUCAGGGAUUUCUGGGCCGAAAUUUAACGAAAAUGAGGCACAUAAAAGAAGAAUACCGAUCACUCUAUGCCAUUAAUACUGCCUACGUGUAUGGGCAAGAAAAAUAUUUAUUGCUACAUGAAGUUUUAUCCGACAGUGAAUUCCUCUCUGCCUCUGGCACCACUUGUGAUGUCGUUUGCCUGGUGUAUGAUGUCAGCAAUCCCAAGUCGUUUGAUUAUUGCACAAAGAUCUUUAAGCAACAUUUCAUGGACAGCAAAACGCCGUGCCUCAUCGUUGCAACAAAGUCUGACCUGCAUGAAGUUAAACAGGACUACAGUAUAACUCCAGCUGAGUUCUGCAACAAACAUAAAAUGCCACCUCCGCAGAGUUUCACUUGCAACAGUGUGGACGCCCCAAGCAAAGAUCUAUAUGUCAAGCUGACUACUAUAGCUAUGUAUCCCCAUGCCCGGUUACGCUGUUUAUGCACCUGCAACAGGUGUACAUAUUGCAUCUGUCAGAACUUCCUCAACUCAGACUUGCUGCAGUCUGUAAAGACCAAAUUCUUCACCGCAGUUCUUAACAGGUUAAAAGACCAAGUAGCCGAGUUGGGUGCCAUGCUGUUGGCAGACGAGGAAAGCAGUCUCGUUCACCAAGUGCACGCCGUGAGCUUUGUUGAAGAUUCCAUCUUCAUGGAGUCGUCUGUGGCUCCCGCUUUACACCUUGAAGACAGGCACACAACUCAGGCUGACCUGAAGAGCUCGACCUUCUGGCUUAGAGCAAGUCUCGGAGCCACAGUAUUCGCUGUCAUAGGAUUUGCUGUGUACAAAGCACUACUGAAACAGCGGUGAUUGUAAUGGAAACUGAAUCGUUCGCUCGCGGUUUCAGUUUUCUAUUGCGUCUGAAGAGUCUGCGAAGGAUAUCUCUAGCAAUGUUAUUUUAAUAUGCAAUUGUAUUCCUGCAACCUGGGUGGGGGUGGGAAAGCAAAUAAUUGUGUUUUUUUCAUCUGAAGGUCAAGCUGAUGCAACCUCUACCAACACAAUGCAGAGUCGUCUCGACUCUCCUCCAGUUUAAGAAUCUGUUUUGGACUUGGCAUUGCAUGGGUAUCAGUGAGCGAUCUCUGUAGGAAUCCUUUCAACCAAGAACAAUUCAAAACAUCAGAUGCCCAAAAGGGAUUUAAUUGUGUAUAUAGUGUAAAUAUGCAAAACAGCAGUAUAACGUUACCCUGGAUACCUGAUAGUUACAGAGUCUACACAUGUUACGUGUCACAGUGAUUGUUUCAUGUAGAUCUUUAGAAGGUAUCCACAGGUCAAGCUUGCCUGGUAGCUUUAAACAAAAACUGAUGGGAGUUUUAUUUAUUAUUUAGAGAUUUUAAUUUUGAGGAUGCACAUCUGCACCAAUAAGAGAUUGAAUUCUCAGGAUUUCAGCAUGCACGGAAAUGCGAUCACUGUUUUACCCCUCCUGUACCUCUGCUUGCUUUGGGAACGAACGUAAUUACUCGUAUACCCUAAAUAAGCCAACAGUUACCAUAAGGCGGGGGAAGUAUUGUAUUACUGUUGGUGCUUCCCCUUCUCUCCCCUACCCUUUCACUGUUAUUUUUAUAACCUUUUUGAUAAAAAAAAACACAGGCAAGGUGGCCAAGGUUCUGUUACAAUCUCCGAAUGCUGCAGAUCUUUCAAGUCUCCCCAGGAUCUUUGUGCACAGAGAGUAAAAUAAGAGCGUUUUUACUGCUGUAAACUCUACUGUGUUGUAAUGCGAAGAUGGUGCAUUUAAUACUUUCUUAUAGCUUAGUACUUGCAUGCUUCGCAGUAACUCUUCUGCAGUUAGCUUUAAUAUAUUGAACAUCCUUGUCAUUUCUGUUGGAAUUAAGUUUUUCCCCCUCCCUCUGUGUUAAAGAAAAAGCUGCUACACCUCAGGCAUUCUGGACUUUUUCAAUCAUUUCAAUAAAUACCUAUAACCUGUA